GCGGCAGAGUCGCUGCAGUAGAACCGGAGCCAGUCGUGAAAGCGAUUUUCUAGGUGCCGAGGGAAGGCGUUUGGAGCUUCGGCGCGGAACACAAUGUUGGCCCGCAGAUGGUUUUCAUUACGCAAGACCCAUCCUCUCCUGAUGAGGAUGCUGACUUCCACCAAUGACAGCUCCCAUCCUGUUCCUGACAUGCAUGAAGGGCAUUUACCCAUUCAUGUGAAUAAUGUGCGAAACAGAUUGAGAACUAUUGUGGGGGCAUCUAUCAAUUGGAGUGAUCAUGUGCAAGCAAUGAAUGAAAGAAAAGCCUUGCAUACACUUCUUGCUAAAAAUCAAGCUGACCUGCCCCCUAGGAAAAUGAGAGACAGCUAUAUAGAAGUUAUCCUGCCUUUGGGAAGUCAGCCUGAAAUACGAGAAAAAUAUCUGAAUGCCAACAACACUGUCAGGUUUGGUCGAAUUCUUGAAGACCUUGACAGCUUAGGAGUUCUCAUUUGUUACACUCACACCAAACAUGAAGCUGUUCAGAGAUCUCCUUUAUCAAUUGUUACAGCGCUGGUGGAUAAAAUUGGCCUAUGGAAGAAAGUAAUUUAUCCAGAUUGUGAUAUCAAGUUCACUGGAAAUGUUUCAUGGGUAGGAAGGACAUCAAUGGAAGUGAAAAUGCACAUGCUUCAGCUACAAAAUGGUGUUUACUGCCCUGUGUUAGAUGCAACUUUUGUCAUGGUGGCCCGUGAUCCGGAAAACAAAAGGCCAGCAUUUGUUAAUCCACUGAUUCCUGAAGGCCCAGAGGAAGAAAAAAUCUUCAAGGAAGGAGAAUUGAACAAGAUCAGAAGAACUGAUUUCAGUAAGGCCUCCUUGCUAAAAAUGGCUCCUACUGCAGAAGAAAGAACCAUCGUCCACGACAUGUUUCUUAAUACAUUGGAUUCAAGGACAGUUAGUUUUCGGAGCCGUGUGUUACCACCUAAUUCCAUGUGGAUGGAAGAUGCAAAACUCAAGGGUCUGGAGAUCUGCCACCCGCAGGAGCGCAACAUUUUCAAUAGAAUCUUUGGGGGAUUUCUCAUGAGAAAAGCAUAUGAACUUGGAUGGGCUACUGCCUGUAGCUAUGGAAGCUCUAGACCUUAUGUGGUAGCUGUAGAUGAUAUCAUGUUUCAAAAACCAGUUGAAAUUGGAUCCUUACUAUUUUUUUCUUCUCAGGUAUGUUACACUGAAGACAAUUUCAUCCAGGUUCGGGUACACAGUGAAGUUUAUCAUUCAAAUACUAGACAACACCACACCACGAACGUCUUCCACUUUACAUUCACAUCAGAAAAUCAGAUACCUAAGAUUAUUCCCAAGACAUACGGUGAAUCCAUGCUGUAUUUAGAUGGGAAGCGGCAUUUUGAUUCAGCUACGAAAGCACCCACUGCAUAAUAGCCGUGCAACUAUAUAGCUGUCUAUGGAAGGUCAUUAUUAAGACUUGGAAGCUUAUCAAAGGAUGGUGGACAAGCAUUUCUACUCCUAAAAAAACAUGAUAAUGAAUAUAGAAACAUGUCCCAACUUUUAUAUAUGAAUAUUGUUUAUUGCUAUUUAUAUAAAUAGGCUUAAGUUUGUUUUUCUAGUUCUCAUCCUUUGUAUAUUUCUUAAUACAAAAAAAGAUACCUCAAAUAUAAUCGUCAAAGGAAGUGAUCAGUAGUGGUUCUGAUAGGGUGGGUAAGAUAGGAUAAAAUGAGGGAUCUGCAAGAACUAGCAUCUUCCCCUCUUGUAUUGGCUGAGUCAGGCUCCGCCCCUCUUGCUGCCAGCUCCUCCCCCCUCCUGCUCCAGUUGCUGCUCCCCCUCUGAAUUGAUGUGGCCUUCCCCUCCCACUGCUGGUUCCAGUUUACCCUCCCUCUAUCCCUAGCUACCUCUUCCUGGUGGUGGCUGCUGCCACUGAGACAUAAGGCACCUUUUUGGCAACCUAAAAUACCAAGGUUUGUUGCAGCAUCUGCAGAGACCAUGCUAUUGGGAUGGGGGGUUACCUCUAAAUUGCUUUAAAAAGGGGGUUUAUGCAAACCUGGGAGUUUUGAUUUGCUAUGUUUGCCUAUCUGCAUGGGUGUCAGCCGCUGGAUAUUACAUAUAGUGAUCAAAAUCUUGGUUGUGAAAGUCUAGUCUUAUCUUGAAAGUCUAUAUAUACACCAUUUAAGCUCUUAGAUUUUUUUGCCUUUAAACUUCUAUGCUAUCAUUGACUUGUACACAAUUGGACAAGAAUGCAUACCAACUGGAAAAGAUUAAUUAUACAUGCAAGGUCUACAUGUCCUUUAUCCCAACUUAAUAUGGCAAUCACUUCACAGGACUUGUCAUUCUAUGGAUAAAGGAGUGUGAAGGCUGUUACAGAGGAAUGGCCAUAUACUUGUGCAAAUUCCCCCUGCUAUGCUGCCAAGGUCUCUCUAUUAGUCCUGUGGUUGGACUUUAUGAAAGCUGCUAUUUUCUAUUUUUGUGGACUAUUCACAAACUACUCAGAAAGCUGGAAAGUGAAGGAGAAUCAUAGAACAGAAGAUGCUUUUUAGAAGAACCUGCAAUGUUGCUACUUGUUGGACUUGUCUUCAAUUAAGUGAGGAGUUACAAUUCAUGAAUACAACCUUUCAUAGUCACAACAGAUGUUGAAAUGUUUGACCCAAACCAUGUGUAUGCUUUAAUAAAUAUAUUUGGCUGAAGUAAGAUAAA